ACUACCCGUCUGAUAAAGAAACAAUGGAAUUUCUUUCGUCUACUUCCUUCAUAAAAUGGUUAAUUAUUGGAAGUAUUUUAACCCUUUCCGGCGCCAGUUACAGAGUCUGCGAUGAGGAAAACGUUCACCUGGGCAUUAGCGACAUCACCAAACAGAUUAAUGGUAGCUCACCCUCAGCGUGUGUUUGGAAGGUAUCUGCGCGUGAAGAAUUCGGAUUAAAAAUAUCAGUCGUGUUAUCAGACGAAACAUUUAAUAACCACUCGUUCUCUCAUACAGAUGGUGCCGUGUCCGUUCUCAUUUAUGAUGAAAAUCCUUUAAAUUCUUUCGACUCUCGAUUAAUAAACCGUAUCGAUUUAAACGAAACCGAUGUCACGAAAUCAUUCUUGACUAACAGAAGCGAAAUUUGGAUGAAAGUUAUUCACACAAACAAUUCUUUGGACGAUAUUAGUAGACAUUCUCUGUCGAUAAUUUAUCAGGCUUUUUCUGCCAAUCAAUGUCGACUUCCGGUUAACUUUACCAUUGGUAGUGCAAGUAAUGAAACCUUUUUUCUUGGAUCAGUUUUAAAUGUUACAUGUGAUAAAGAUUUUCCAUCAAUGGAACCUCUUGUGUCUGCUGUUGUUUGCUUAAAGAAUGGAGAUGGAAUUGCCGUAUGGAAUGACUCGUUUGCCGGUUGUUAUCUGGAAACAUCGUCCAACAUCAACGACAACACUUUGUUAACCAAUUCUUCCGACUCGCAACCUCAUCCACCGGUUACAAACGCAACAGAAACUAAAACCAGUUCAGCAGAAAACAGCAACAGUUCUUAUUUAACCUGUAGUCAAAUUUUCACCGACUUUUCAGCCAAUAUAUCGUUCAAUAUUUAUCGAUAUAAUACAUCUAUAUGUAAUUUUACUAUCGACGUCUCCGAAGCUUCGUCUCUGGAAGUUACGUUUUAUGAAAACGAUUUAAUUUCUUUCGUUGAGAUAUCAGGGCAUUUUCUCAAGGAAUCUUUUAAUUUGACAAUCGAUGAUAUUCCAAGAAUAUUAGAACUAAAAACCAAUAAAGUUUCUAUAAUUUACCAUAUUUCGAAUGAAAAUAAUAAUACUAAUAAUAAUGACACGUCGAUGUUUUUGAGUUAUUUAAGUAAAAAGAAAGCUAAAAUGUGUGACCCCGUUGACCCACCUAAACAUGGUUAUAUGACCCUGACUGAUAAUUCCCCGGGGUCAGAGGUUAUUUUUUUCUGUCCUGCGCACCACACUUUAAUAGGUGACAGUAAGACACGGUGUGAACAAUCCGAAAACGGAACUUUCCACUGGACACAUCCGACACCUUUAUGUCGGUGCGGAAAUUCUUUAAAUGUCACAAACUGGUCGUUUUCAACUGUGGAACUAAAUAAUUUAACUGUCAUUGGUGGAACGAACUGUUCUUGGGAACUAACGAACGACGAGGAAAACCUUUAUGAGAUUUUUAUCGAAUUUAAUGACGUCUCUUACAAAAGUUUAUCGCUAACAAUACAGGACUUGAACCAAACUUGGGAAUAUUCUUUUGACCAUUCUCAUUCUUCAGGCAGCUACAAUUUCACCACAUUGUCUCACAUUGUUAAUAUUUAUAUCGAUAUCAGUGCCAACUUUCUGACACAAUCGGGAGACUUGGAGCUAACAUUACGUAGCAUCGAACCUAGAAGAACCUGUGUCAUUCCCUCAGUAAACGAUGGAACAGUUAGUGUGGAUACUUUAACAGAAGGAUCGAUUAUUGAUUUUUCCUGUAAUCCAGGUUAUACGAUUAUUGGAGAAUCAAAAGCUCUUUGCGUUUGGAAUAAUGUCUCAGGUUCUUUAGAAUGGUCCUCUGCAAUUCCUUCCUGUGUUCUUUACACUUGUUCAGAAGACAAUAAAACUAGGAAUUCGACAUCUGGGAUUAUAAUCAGUCCAAAAUCUCUAAAUGGCACAAUUAGCCAAUACCAGAAUUGUACAUGGAUUAUCAAUAAUUCCAUUCCUGGAACUUACACAAACCUCACUCUUCUCUAUUACCAUUUCCCUGUUGAUCCAGUCAGGCCAGUAUUUUUACGCUUUGUCGAAGUUUCUUCCAACGGUAGUGAAAUUUUACUCAAAGACUUCCAUAACAAUAGUUUGGAAUCGGAAACGUUUAUCAGUAAUUCCGAACAGACCAAAGUGUAUUACCGUGGACCGGUGCUUCCUGCUGUUGCGUACAAAGGGUUCGAAGUUGUGUAUUGGAUGCAGGAAACAAGCGAAUCAGAUACAAAACCCGAUGAAGAAAUCAGCAAUACAACCCUCGCCACCAACACUACCAUCGACGCCAGUGCCACCAUCGCCACCACCAACACCACCACCAACGCCACUACCGAUAUCAUCGACAUCACCACCGAUGCCACUAUCGACACAACUACCACCACCACCACCACCACCACCACUGUCACCACCACUGCAACAACCAGUGCCCCCACUCCCACCCCCACCCCCACCACCACCACUACCACUAUCACCACUUCUACUACCGUCACACCCACCACUAAUAAUACCACUGCCAUCGCUACCAACGAUACCAUUCCCACAUGGCCAUCCUAUCCUACAUCCUCAACUACAGGGAAACCAACAGAUUCAGGAAGUUCACAGCGAAGACAACCAAUCACGCCGACUGAUAAAGUUCCAGGAAAAAUUGAUGUCUACGUCGGGAAUGACACACUUGCAGGAACCAAACCACCCGUGCCUGCACCGAAGGUCGAUGUCGGCGCCAUCGUUAUCGGAGUCACACUUCCUGUCCUCAUUUUAAUGGGGAUUGGAAUCGCUGUUUACAUUUGGUACAGGAAGAAAUAUCCAGUGAGAAUGAUUCUCGGUAAAGAAUUCCAAAAUUUCACCAAUCCACUUUACGUAAAAAGCACGAAUUCCGUCGAAAUUAACAUUACAUCUCAUACACCUGCAAGCCUUGUAGUCAAAGACCCGAAUCCUUCAAUCGUUCCAGGACAAGACAAUUUAGCAUUCGACGAUGAAACAGACAGCUCAAAAACUACAAGUGUCGGUGAAAUUUCUGGAAAUUCUCCUCAAGAAAAUAAAGAUUCUACAGAUGUAACUGUAUUGUCAAAAGAUGAUGCAGACGAUAAAUCUAUUGAGGAAGUAGACUUUAAUCCUGAAACCAAUACUAAUUCCAUUUCAAACGACGAUAACUCUGAUAUUGAAAUAGUUUCUAAAGAGAGUUCGACCACUUCGGAACCAGCUCUAAUUUCAAUUUCCGAUGAUCAUGAACAAAAUAUGGAAGUUGUUCCCGAAAAUGGAAGUUUGGACCCUAAUAUAGUCUUAGUUUCGUUAUCUGAUGACGAGAUUGAAACAAUGGAUGAGGUAGAGGUCGUAGAUUCAAACCCAGUUCUUAAUUUAGACAAUCUUCUUGUAUCGUUCACUGACGAACCAAGCAAUCAAUAGCGUUUUUAGCUUUAAGUAUAUUGACUGAUUUGAAAUGUUGAAACAGGCUCUCAGUUUCGACAUACAGGAACAACCAAUAAAUAUAUUUUUCACUAAAA